AAUGGAGAGCCUUCCUGUGUAUGCCGUUGAGCUGAUCAAAGCAAAUGGACAUAGAUUUUAACUUCCUAAAAAUGCCUGAAUGGGACCAGGUGAGGUCAUGCUGUGUCUGCUGGAGGAAUACUGCAUUUCUGGGUCGUUUGCACGGGCCCUGCUGUGAAGGGAGCCCCACGAGAACUUGUCAGACACUUCCUUCCUUCUCUUGCAGAGGGCUCCAGGCCCAGCGGCUGUUCGCCUGUUGCUCUGAUUGUGUCCUCUCCUCCUCUUGCCAAAGCAAACAGCCCAGUCUCGAGUAGGCAUCCUGUAGGCUCAUCUGCCAGCCUGAACAUGAACACAAGCAAAGCCGAUGACAGCCAAGGUUCCCAAGGGACAUGGGGCCUUCCGGGGUCCAGCCCGCAGAAGCAGGUCCUCUCAUGAUGUUGGCGUCUGGGAGUGAGCACCAUGCCCAUCACCCAGGACAAUGCCGUGCUGCACCUGCCCCUCCUCUACCAGUGGCUGCAGAACAGCCUGCGGGAGGGCGGGGAUGGCCCCGAGCAGCGGCUCUGCCAGGCGGCCAUCCAGAAGCUGCAGGAGUACAUCCAGCUGAACUUUGCCGUGGAUGAGAGCGCCGUCCCACCCGACCGCAGCCCCCCGGGGAUGGAAAUCUGCACUGUGUACCUCACCAAGCAGCUGGGGGACGCAGAGACUGUGGGCCUCAGUUUUGGGAACAUCCCUGUUUUCGGGGACUACGGAGAAAAGCGCAGAGGGGGCAAGAAGAGGAAGACCCACCCGGGCCCUGUACUGGACGUUGGCUGCAUCUGGGUGACAGAGCUGAGGAAGAACAGCCCGGCCGGGAAGAGCGGGAAGGUCCGACUGCGAGACGAGAUCCUCUCCCUGAACGGGCAGCUGAUGGUCGGAGUUGAUGUCAGUGGGGCCAGGUGAGUGGGGGAGCACCAGUUGGCGCAAGGGCUGGACGGGGGACCCCUGGGGCUAACUUACGUCUGCUGCUCC